CGCGAUUGCGCCCAGCGACAAACCGCGUCAGCGAGCCAGCGUAGCCCCAUUUACCUCUGAUCCCUUACUUGCACAAAUAUAAAAAUGCUGGCCGCCAAGCACGCUCAGGCUACCGUCCGCGGCGUCCGCGCCCAGGCGCCGAUGAUGGCCGCCCUGCGCGCCUCGUCGAGCGUGCACCCCUUCACCGCCGCCAGCGGCGCCUCGGCCUUCCUGAGCCUUGCCGCCUCCUCCUCGGCCGCCCCCCGCGCCGCCGCCGCCCCCGCCCGCGGCCGCGCUGGUCUGGUCGUCAAGGCCCAGGCUGCCGAUGCCUCGGCCGAGCGCCCCGUGUGCCUGGUGACCGGUGCCUCGCGCGGCAUUGGCAAGGCCAUCGCCCUGGCGCUGGGCAAGCAGGGCGCUCGCGUCGCCAUUAACUACGCCUCCUCCGCCGGCGCCGCCGAGGAGGUGGCGGCCGCGGUGGUGGCGGCGGGCGGCGAGGCCAUGGUGGUGGGCGCCAACGUGGGCAAGCGCGAGGAGAUCGACCGCAUGUUCAAGGAGGUCAUGGACAAGUGGGGCCGCGUGGACGUGCUCGUCAACAACGCCGGCAUCACCCGCGACACGCUGAUGAUGCGCAUGAAGCCCGAGAUGUGGGAUGACGUCAUCGCCACCAACCUGUCUGGUGUGUUCUACUGCACCCAGAACGCCACGAAGAUCAUGGGCAAGCAGAAGAAGGGCCGCAUCAUCAACAUCACCAGUGUGGUGGGCAUUGUCGGCAACGCCGGCCAGGCCAACUACUCGGCCGCCAAGGCCGGUGUCAUCGGCCUGACCAAGACCACCGCUCGCGAGUACUCUGGCCGCACCAUCACCUGCAACGCCGUGGCCCCCGGCUUCAUCGCCUCUGACAUGACGGCCGCCAUCGACAAGAAGUACGAGGAGACCAUCCUCAAGGGCAUCCCCCUGGGCCGCUACGGCCAGCCCGAGGAGGUGGCUGGCCUGGUGCGCUUCCUGGCCCUGGACCCCGCCGCCGCCUACAUCACCGGCCAGGUGUACAACGUGGACGGCGGCAUGGUCAUGUAAAGGCACACGUGGCCUCACACGUGGCGCUGUCGUACAAAAGAUGCCGCGCGUUACUAGGUGUACUACACGCGGCGGUACGGCGCGAGUGUGUGCCGCACAUGUAUGGGCCGCGAUCACGGGGAGGAGGGGCAGCGCCGCAGGCAGCUGUGCGCUGUCCCUCGUGCAUGACCUGACGGGGGCCUGACGGCGACUGACCCGCACGCCCCGGAGUGGGCGUGUGUAUUUGACGCACGGCUGACACCACGACCUGAGUAACGGCGUUGGGGGAGGAGAGGUAAAUGCGCAGGGAAUGGAGCGAGACGUUGGGCCUCGACUGUGCGCGUAAAGUGUGUGAGAAAUUCAGGGUCCCUAGGGCCUAGGCCGACAGGUUGGAACGAAAGGAUCACGUUGUGGAGGCAUACGUGACGGGCGGGAAAGUAAGCUGGCUGGUGCGACGUGCAGAGCGUUGCCACAAGGAUAAGAGAAGAACAAUGUAAGAACACGCGUGU